AAUCCCAAGGCUAGUGCUCAGUGCUAGCAUGGUUCAGAGAGCAUUUUAAAACAAGCACACAGAGAAAGAGACAGUUCACUCAGCAAAAGAUGCCGGUGAUCAAUAUAGAAGAUCUGACAGAGAAGGACAAAUUGAAGAUGGAAGUUGACCAGCUCAAGAAAGAAGUGACAUUGGAGAGAAUGCUGGUAUCCAAAUGUUGUGAAGAAGUAAGGGAUUAUGUUGAAGAAAGGUCUGGGGAGGACCCACUGGUGAAGGGUAUCCCAGAAGACAAAAAUCCCUUCAAGGAGCUCAAAGGAGGCUGUGUGAUUUCAUAAAACAACAACAACAAUAAUAACAAUGAAUAAAUAAAUCCUUGGAACAUCUUGAGCUUUAAUGACAAUAUUAAUUUUGGUCAUGCAUAAUAAUAUCAUGAAGCAUAUACAAUAAUAUUUAAAUUUAUACAUGUAAACUUUUAAUAAAACUUGUGAUGUG